AUGGCGAUUUCAAAUUUACGUGGAUUCCUCAACAAAAUAGCCGACGACAUAGGAUCUGAAGAUCUAGCUGGUUUAAAGUACCUUUGUGGUGACAAAUUGGCCAAAAGAAGGUUAGAAAAUAUAUCCACACCGAGGGAACUGUUUGUAGCCAUUGGUGAGAUUACCGAAGGCGAAGAGCAGCAGCUCGCUUUUUUAAGACAACUCUUUCAUAACGUUAGGAGAUUGGAUUUAAAGGCUAAAGUUCAACGUUUUCUUGACUCCAGAAAAGGUGAGUUUUGCUGCGUAAAGGUUCAUUUGAGUAAAGAAGGUUCGUCAAUAUAGUGUUUGCCAAUCUGCAGUGCCCAGUUGUAAAAAGAGCGGAUAACGCUAUCCAACGGAUAAAUCUCUGCCCAGCGGAUAAGUAAUAGCAAAACGAUAGAGAUCUAUCCAGUGGAUAGCGUUAUCCGAUAUUCGAACAACCGGGGCCUGGUGUUUGCGUUGCUGGCUUCCUUUGCACCCUUUAAUUUAGGGAAUCAAUGGAAGGUUAACAUUGUGUGGAUAUAAUGGUCAGAGAAUGCUAGAAGUGAAGAUGUUAAAAAAUAUUUAAGUUUUGAAUUUUUGAUACGACUGAAGAAUUCAUCCCCACAGGAUUGGUAUCGGCAACAUUAUGUUGUUUGCAUCGCUAAUAUGAGUGUUCUAACAUGGUAUUUGGAAGCCUCAAUGCAAGUUCGCCCCACACCAUCUUUACACGUUUGCCUGCAGCAUAAAAACAAGUUUGCCCUAAAAUUUUUCAACCUGUUUCUUUACGCUAUACAGUGUUCUGUCUAAAUCAAAAUAUAUUUCCUUCAUGGGUAAUGUAAAGUUGCUACAUUUCCCUCGUCUUUAAAUUACCUGGUUUGACAUUAACUUAAUUAUGCCUAUGUUAGCAGAAAUCAAAUCAAAGAAAUCUAGUUUUUCGAAAUGGCUAUAAUUUACUUGGGAGCCAACACGUAUUCUGAUGCAAUGACCAAUUUUCGAAGUCUGAUAGUCAAACUCAUAUCAUUGGCCCCAGCGUUUAAUAGCAUCCCAUUAUGCCUUUAGUCUCAAAUAUUUUCCCUUGAAAGAAAAAUUGCAGAUCUAUAUAUAUAUAUAUUACAGUUUGAAAGAAAAUGAAUGUUUUCUGCUUGCUUUAUCUCAGGGGAUGAAUUUGCAAUAUUUAAGCUGGUAUAGGUAAAUCCUCUAUAAACCUUAUAACGUAACUUGGAAACAAUCUGUACCCUGAUAUGUGAUAGCAUAUAUUACAUGGGACCCUAUCCCAGUUUCUAUGGCAUAAAGCAACCAUGAGUUUGGCAUUUCCUCCCCCUUCUUCCUUACCCUUUCCCCCCCUCCUCCUCUCUCCAUCAGGAUGGGAUUUCAGUCCUUCACAGGGUUACUCCAAGGAUUUCAGGUUUGAGAGUGCCCCAACCAAUAGAACACAAUGAGGGGAUGUAUGAACUAACUUUUUCUUAUAAGAAAUUGGAAGUCAGAGAACCUUGUACACCUUACAGCAUCCAUGUUUUUGGGUCUCAAAUAUUUAUUGAAAUAUGUACCACAACUAUUCAAAGAUAAACUCUUCUUUUUUUAAGGUCAUAAGAAGGAUACCCAUUUGAAAUGGGGUAUAUGUUAAUAAAUAUAUUUUAAUUUACCUUGAAUUAUUGUGAGUAUCAGCUAAGUGUAUUCAGAUGAAUUAAUUAAUUUUGAUCUUUAACCUGUCAGCCAAUCAUUUAAACUGAUAUUUUCCUUUCUCUGAUUUUUUUGUAGCAAAUGAAACCAGGACUGAUGGACAAUAUGCUCUACAGAACAAUUUCAACAACACAAUGAAUGGAAGAGCCUCAUCAGCUGUUUAUUCUGGUACAGUUCAAAGUUCAGUAUCUAGUAUGUACUAUGGAAAUGAGACGCCAGGUCAAAUAGGAGGCUCUGUCUGUGGUUCACCCUAUGUAUCUUUGCCAGUGGAAGAUGCCACUCAACAGGCUGGCACUCGUUUGCAGUCAGACAUUGGUAAUGUUGUUACAGGUGUAGAUCAACAUGCUCAUCAGUAUACUCAGUAUCCUAUGGAAAAUAUGGCACCAUUUAGAAUUAAUCCAGUCCAAAGUUAUCCAGUCCAAAGCUAUCCAGCCCAACGUUUUCCAGUCCAAAAUUAUCCAUUCCAAAAUUAUCCAUUCCAAAAUUAUCCAGUCCAAAAUUAUUCCAGUUUUGUACAAACUCGUGGUCCAGGGGAACAACAAAGACCUUCCUCUAGAGAAGAGCGAGAGUUUCCCCCUUAUAGCCAAACUCUUGGAGGGAAUCCGUCAGGUCAGCAACAGCCUACUUCUCAGCCAGAUUCUGGAGGUAAUAUUGUUGUGGAACAGCUGAAACCACCACCUGAAGUGCAGCCAAACCCCCUUGUGUACCAAACCCAACGCAGUGUCCCAUUUGGUCAACAAGAGCAAUCUUCUGAUAAGAUAACACAUUGUGAAAACUCUCAAGAUCCUGUUGAAUUUCCUCCAAACAAUCAGAGAACAACUGUGGAUCCAGGAUCUCCUAUGACUUUACAUUUGACAAAUUCAACUAUCAGCAGCGAAGUACAACCUGUAGGAGCAAAUGACAAAGAUCAUCCAGAACACUGUAGCUUAACAGUACAUCCAAAUGAUAUCAAUGUAGGAGCUUCCAGUACCUUAGGGUCAGGUAGUUUGCCAGGCAGCAAUCAUGUCCAACUCAGAAGAAGAGAUGAACUAGACAGUCCAAAUCAAGGAGCUUCUGAUAUUCAUUUUUGUGAAACUAAUCUACAGGAUCACAUAGAACAAGGAAGUUCCACAGCAUAUGUAGCUGAAAAUAGUUUGGGACAAGCUAGACUGAGGCCAGGCAGCAAUCAAGCCCAACUUGGAGGAAAGGAUGACAAAGGCAAUCCAAAUCAAGGACUUUCAAGUAUGAAUUUGGUUGAAAUUGAUCCAGAAUCUUCUAUGGGCUCAGUCUCUGAUGACUUAACUGUUAGCAGUGAAGCUCAUGAUGUUGGAACAAGCACUACAGGCUCCAGUCAAGUCACAAGAAGAUCAUCUUCAGAGAAAGUUCCAGUUGAAAGAGCUGUGUCAGUCAAUUAUGAUACCGAAGUUGCAGCACAUUUACAUCAGAAAUGCCCAGUUGAGAUGAGCUAUAACUGUUUUACAAAAUAUUUCAGUAGUAAAAACAGUAAAAUACUGGGUCAAGGAGGCUUCGGGAAGGUUUAUGAAGGUACAGUUACUGUUAGCUUACUUAGUAAAUGUGUCAUGGUCUCAGAUGGAGAUGGAAGGGAGGGAUGAAUAUUAGGGAUAGAGUGCAGAUCAUACACUGUAGGGGUAUUUUAUUGUAAAGUUACAGAAAAUAUUUCAUAUCCCAAUAAAAAGCACAAUAAGGCUGAUUAACUAUUAAGGUAGAAGUGUGGUACUAAUUGAUUGUAUUUGUCUUCCUGUCUUUUAGGUAACAAGAAAUUUCAUGGUCAGACUGUUGUCAUCAAAGAAGAGCACCAGACUUACUCUGGACUUCCCCAAGGUGGAGCACAAUUAAAGAGGGUAAUGACGUAUAAAAUAAUGUGUUCUGUUAUUGAUAAACAGGCAAAGCUGUUUGAGUCUAAUGGCACAUACUAGUCAGAUCUCAUCAUUGUCCAGAAUGAACUUCAAAUGACUAGAGUUUUGCUACUCCACCUCAACAGACUUAUUUUAACUCACAGGGAAAUCCCCCUGGGGUAAUUUUGAAGAGGGUCCCUGGACAUUUUUCUGGUACCCAUACACCUUUUUUUUCUUGGGUGCAUGGAGAGGGACAUGCUGAGAGUAAAGAAUACAACACAGUAAUGGCUGGUCUUGAAAAGGAAUGCUUGAUUUCAAUUUUCAGUCUUCUGUAUACCACAUAUAAUUGUGUAUUAAAUCAAAACUUAUUGAGACAAAGAUGCAAAAACUCUCAAGAUGAAAAGCUUCAGAUUUGUAACAGGAUUGAUUUGUGUUUUAUUUGUUGAAUAAGAAAAUAGUUAUCUUGUGUCAUUUCACCCAUAUUUAAAUCACUGGCAAUCCUGGCAAUCUGAGUGACAUUUUGCAGUGUGAUUUAAUCAGGAAUCUGCUCAUCCUAUUGUGAAAUCAUACUAUGAUAAUUUCAGGCUAAAUUGUACUUAUCCCAGCUCAGGUACCAUUGCAAAUCAAUGUACAACACAGGGAAAUUUUAGAACCCAACCCAUGGAUUUAUUGAGAAAGUAUUAGGCACUUGAAAUACAUGUAUACCAGUGUAAGGGACAAUUUGAUUUUGAGUGAAAAGUCACCUUGGGUACUCUUGUACUCAAUAGAACUCAACAUGAUUUUGAUUUUGCUUCAGGAAAAAAAAGUUGGUUAUAUUAAACAUCCCAAUUUGAUGCCCCUUUAUGCUUUUUGUGAGGAGGAAGGGUGAGUCAACAAAGUUGAAUGUUUUUACUUGUUAUAAAUGUAUUUUAUAAUAAUUACCUUACGUGUACAUCAGAAUGCAGAAGAUAAUUUUGUGUAAUCAUAAAAAUUACAAUUUCCUCAAUUAUGAUUAGUUAAAAUAUCUUCUCUUUUCCACUAAUUUUUUUGCCCAGUUGUUGUGGGACAGUUUGUUAUGGGACAAUUUGCUAUAACACAAUAACCAUAGCAACAACCACUUGUCCUGAAAAAAAAGAAUAGGGAAUUUCCAAAAUGGAGGAAUAUUUUACUUAGACAUUGUCUCUACUGGAGAUGUUUGUCCUACCAUAAUUUCCAGCCAAUUACCUGCGGGUAAUCUGUUAAUUUUUCCACAAACAGUCAUUAGUGCAGGUUAUAGGAAGGUGCGGGUAUUACAAUAAUCUUUAAAGCUUCUGGUAUAGUUUUAAAACUAUAAGCAGGAAAAAACUAGUGAUGAUAAGAUCCACUAAAGAUACUCUUUAAAAAACUGUAAUAACUCAUUUAUUUCAUGCAGAUUGCUCAUUAUAAUAAGAGAGUUUAAUGCUCUUGAUGAAAGCCAAUGCAAAUCAAAAACAUACAAAACUCGAUAACAAAGCUUUUAUCUUGUUUGUACUCUUACUUUCUUACCUUGUUAAUUUCACAGCUUUUUUCUUUUUUAAUUUCAAAAAACAAUUCACACGGAAAAUGAUGCUGACAUGUUCAUUUCGUGGCGCCGCAUAAUUAAUGACGCAACAGAAUUUUCGAUGCAUCAAUGAAAUUUUCUUAGCUAGCAUUGCUUUGAGUUAAAGAGUAAUUUCCUGUUUCAAGCAAUUUCUUCAACUCAGAGAUCUUGAGAUAUUGAUUUUUUUAGAACAGAUUUUUACAAGUGGUAUCAUUCUCAAUGAAACAGUGAAGACAAAAAAUUUUGAAAAUUAUUAAUUGCACACUAAAGGAUAUCAUGUCAACAAAAACAAUGAAGGAACUUUGUGCGAGUGGAUGAUUUUCUUUUUUUUUUUUGAGUGUGGGUUAUCUGCCAGUGUGGGUAAUCUGUUGAAAAUUUUUUCUUAUUAUUGCAAAAAUUGACCAUUACGGGUAAUCUGCUGUGCUGGUAAAUGGAUGGAAAUUACAGUAAAUGUAUUUGGUUUUUUCAGAAAUUGUAAUGAUUAAUUGGUAGCAGGACUUUGUUUCAUUCAAUUGUGUCUGUAACCAUACUCAUAAAUGACAAAUCGGACUCAUGCUUUGUGGUUGUCUGAUUGUGUUAAUCACUUGCAUGAUUACAGACAAUUGGACUCCACUUGGUACUAUUACCAUUAUUUAUCAAUCUCUGUGUCCUCUCUGCAGCAAACCACGCUGUCUUAUGUAUCCUAAAAUGCACACUGAUUUACACAAGGCUCUACGAAAGCACUCAAAAGGCCAUCCAAAAUUACCUUUUGGCAUUAGACUUAAGAUUGCCCUUCAUACUGCCAGGGGACUGCAUUAUUUGCAUACAGAAGUGGAAAACGAGAGAUGUGUAAGGUUUGUGCUGUGAUGUUGUUUUAUCACAUUUAUUUUUACCAGGCUAUUGAUGUUCAUUGAAAAUUGUUAUGAUUUUAUAAACAAUAAAAACAACAACAAUUAUAAUAAUAUGUAUUUACUUAUAUUGAUAAUGACAGUGAAAAUACUACAACAUUAAUAUUUAACUUUAUUUUCUAAAUUCUCAUGAAAGUUUUCUUUUAACAUGUCUAUAGUUAAAAAAAUAUAAUUUAUAGUACUUAAAAUGCAGUGGGUCAUCAUAAAAGCACAAUGCAGUUUUGCAUUCUUUUCUGUUGAUAUUGAUUUUAUUUUGUAGGCAGGAAAUUGUACACAUGGAUGUAAAGCCAGGGAAUAUAUUUCUUGAUGAACAGUUUAAUGCACGUCUUGGAGAUGCUGGAAUGGCUCAGGAGUUACUUAUGGAUUACUCUUAUGCAUCUCUCAGUCAGAUUCGUGGAACAACUGGAUACCUUGAUGCAUUUCUUAAAGAAAGACACUUUAAACCUGUUAAUGACAUUUUCUCAUUUGGAAUAGGUAUGCAGUUGCUCAAAUUGUGUUAUUUAUGAGAAUUGUAAGAAAAUAUUGUGGGUUUGUUAUAAUGGGAUCUAUCUAAAAGGGAUUGGACAUGGUCUAAAAAACUCUUUUUGAUAUAAAUGAACAUUUGUUGAUUCAAUUUCCUGUCAUUUAUGUGAGGUUAGCUCUUUAUUACUUGUGAUGAAGUUUUUGCAAACUUUGCCUGUUAGUGUUGCUCUAAGGCUCAAACUCUUUUGCUCACAAAGAAACACUUUCCAUAUCAUACUAGUUAUACCAAGGGCCUCCUGGAAGGCUAUCUUAAAGGAACUUGAAAACAGGUGGUCCUCAUCCUUGUUAAGGACCAGCAAUAAGGGUGUUGUUUUUUUACCCUAAAAUUUCUUUAAAAUUCCCAAUUAUAUUUUGAAUUUAUGCUUUUGACUAUUAUUGUUUUAGAUUACAGGCUUUUUAAACUGUUAUUCACCUCCGUCUGUUUGAUUGACAAACUAAAGUGAAUUGAAACCUUACCCUGUAAACUGUUUACUAUGUUUAAUUUUUCAGUGCUCCUGGAACUUCUUACUCAAAAGAGAGCUGUUGAAAAAGAUGUGACCUUGUAUGACAAACUUUAUAAACAAGGAGUGUUUUCAGAUGUAAAAAACUUAAUUGGUUCAGCACGGAAGGUAACAAUAAAAAUAUUUUGUGCGUCAUGGCAAUAUGUCUAUUUUAAGUUAGAACUUGAAGUAUCAUCAUGAUAUUAAAAUGUUUUGUGUAUUGCUGCUAGGAUGUGUGGCCUGAAGGUGGAGAUGAAAAAGGUUUCACUGAAGAAUUUGCUAAUCUUGCAAUAGACUGUGUAAAACCACCAGAGGAAAGAGAAAAACUGCCAAAUGUGUGCAAGAGACUAGAGGUAAGGAACAUUUUGAAGUUACUUUUGUCUGCUAGGCUGUAUUUAGAUGUUAGGUGCCUUGAAGUUAAGAGACUUAACUUAUCAUAAUGAUUGUAUAACAUCUUUAGUUAGCAACUCAGCCACCCACCUCACUCCCACCUAUCGAAGGCCUGUCAUGAUAGAGUGGUGGGACCCUAAAAAGCAGAUUUUACCCUCUUUAAAAGAAAAGAAAGUCAGCAAAAUGCUUAAACAUUUCAUUGAGAAUCUCCAAGCAGCUAGAUUUAAAGAUUCAGGUAGAGUUUAGGAUGCAACAGGACAACAGUGACAUAUAACCUGCAUAACGCAAGCUAAGUGACUGAAACAGCUGCUCAGAAACCAGAUAUUAACAUUUUAAGGGAGAAAAUAUGGCUUUGAUUACAAGGCUUGAAUAGAAAAGUGAAAAUGUGUAAUGUUUGAAUGUACUAUUAUUAAUAAUUGUUUCAAAUCAGUAUGGGCACUUUUCCAUCCAUUUACCCUCAAAUCCCAUGCAAAUUGUACCGUAAAGGUACAUGUAUUUGUGUAAGGUAGAACUGUAAACUAAACAUAAAAUGUUUUGAUGUCUUGCAAAAAGGACUUACUGGACAAGAAAGGAGUCAGUAAAUAUUCCAAAGAAGGAGCCCAUUGUGUUUCUUGUCUACUAAAUCAUUCAUGUAUGUAUCUCUUGAAAAUCCAGCAGUUUGAUUUACUUAUUGUAUGAUAAUAAUUAACUAGAGUUGGCCAAUUCUGACCAGUGUUCUUGGCAGUAAGGGUAGGCUGGUACCAUUUUUUUAAUACAUUAAAAACUGCAUCGCUAAGUGGAGGUUGGGUGCCUGAAACAUCCAGAAGCUUUUGCUGUUGGCAGCCAGCUUCCAGAUGGAGACUGCUCCUAUAGCUAGCAAAUCCUGGUACCCAACCACGAGCCCCGACACAAGAAAAAGAAACAGGCACCCAUCAUGCUAAAUGAACAGUGGAAAGAGGGAAGGAAGGGGUGGAGAAAACUGCCUGGACAAUGAACUGCCUCUCCGAACAACGCUGAAAGUUUGCGCUCAAAGUACAUGCAAAGACGCAUCAAAUGAGGAGCACAUGGAAUUCUGAUGCAUGUGCAAAACCACUGACUACUAGAGAAUUCUGAUGUUCUGUGUUAUUAACUCUGUUAAAUUGCUUUUAACUACAAAAUUAUAAAGUACAUGAUAGUUAUUAUUUGACUAAUUACAGUGUAUGUAAAAAUUUAAUUAUAUUCUUAUAUUGUUAGUAGUUAAAUGCAUCUUUAUUAGCCUUUUCGCAACUCAGAUCCCCAUUUUCCAUAUCUGGAUCUCUUAACUUAUCUAUUAAAAUUCAUUUUUUUCUUGCCAAUAGCAAAGUAUUUGGGAGUGAGGUCACAUGGCUGCAACACUGUUCAGGAGUGUGACUAUUUUUGUGCUACAUGUUUGAUGCAAGCACGCCGAAACCCUCUGGAAUGUCCAUACCAUGGGCCUGCUGAACCUCCAAUUGGUAUAGCUUAUCAUUUAGAAGUGUUAACAUGUAGUCAAAGUUUUGUCACUAUCAUCAAGACCCAGGCUUUUGGUUUGCUCUUAAAAUAUUUUUUGCUCUUGUCCUUUAGUAAGGUAUUCCAUACAGUUGUUUAUCUAAUGAACCACCCUGUAAUGUUAUAAUAAUUAUAUACAGUCAAAUGAAGGCUGUAAAAACUGAAAAACUUUUUAUGGGCAGUUAACUGUUAAGGCUAAUUUAUUUAUUUUUGUAGUAGUGUGGUUUGAUUGGUUUGCAGUGCAUCUUGGACUUUUUAAUAAUUAAGAAUGAUGGAUACAAUAAUUUACACUUUUUUUAAUAUAGGUGAUUUGUUUAAUUGUAGGAGGAUCGGAUACCUAUGCAGUUCUAGUUUGUGGAAAUGACCCAGACUCACCAAAGGCAGCUACAAUCUUUCAACAUGACUUAAUAGGCUUUAAAAAUGUUUUAACUGAUUGCCGCAUUGUUGGAGUUAGGUAGGGCUCUAGGAUCAUAGGCUUAAAUACUGGUUACUUACUCAUAUUUAGCCAAUUUUGGGCACUUAUUUGACUUGAUCUAGAUUGAAAGUGUAAGAUAGGGGCUUCAGAUGGGAUUAUUGUCCUGGCCCUGGUUGAUUGAAGGGUGGAUAACGCUAUCCACUAGAUAAAUCUCUAUACUGUGGAUAGCACAGUAUGUUUUGUCAACUCUUAUCCGCUGGCUAGCAAUUUAUCUGUUGGAUGGUGUUGUCUGCUCUUUGAACUACUGAGCCCUGGAGUUUACUCGCAUGUAUAGGGUAGAUUAUUUUGAAUUAUUUUUACUUACAAUGACUGUAACAGUUUUCCUGUCCUCAUUGCUAAUUUGGUUUAGAGCCAUGGUCAAAAAGGUUAUGGAUCAUAAAUUAAAUUAACACCACAUGUAAUGCAAUGCUCCAAAAUCCCUGCUAUGUUGGAAAAAAAAUUGGAUACCAGGCUGCACCUUAAUGGUUACAGUUCAGUUUUGGAAAUUGUUGAUGUCAUUUCUAUGAUCAACAAAGUUAUAGACAAUUGUGGAUGUAAGUGGGAGUUAAAUUAUCAUCCAGAUCCAAGGGUUUCCAAUGAUACUAGGUGGCCAAAGUUGUGCUGGGAGAAGUCACUGCUUGUGCAUGAGGCUCAAUUACCUGAAGAUUGAGUAUGGUUAAAAGAGGCUAACCAUCACAAAUGGAAACAUUCAAAGAAGAUAUAAAUUUAAAUUACUGCCAAAAUGAGACAAAUCUUAAGCAUGGUCCUUUUGUUUUUCAUGAAUAAAUCUUGGCUGAUCCAAAGCUUAAAAUUAUUCUGUGUCACUGUGACCUCAUUUUCUCUUUCUUAUAAUUCAUAAUAAUGCCUCAAUCUAAGAAAGCGGCCAUGAAAUACCUAACCAUUACUAUUCUAAGUUAUAAAUAUUUGAGUGAGGUAUUUCUCCUUAUAAAAACGGUAAGUUUCUUACUCUUUUAGUGCCACAUGACCGUUCUUCUUUUUUUCUUGCUUUUAGAAAAGAUCACAUAUUUACCAUUACACCGAAUACAUCAAGAGGUGCAUCACAAUCCAACCUAGUUAAAAAAGCUCUACAAGACCUUAAACAGAAGCUUCAAGGAAAGACGAAUGUGUUUGUUUAUUUUUAUUUCUCUGGUCACAGUGAUCAUAAUGGCAACUUGCUAUGUUCUUCUGACGAUGAUUGCCUAACGGUGGAUGAUUUGGAAAAGCACCUAACCCUUCUCAGUCCCCAUGUCCGUGAAUUCUUGAUUAUUUUGGAUUGCUGCUUUGCUGAUGGCAAUAUUGCUUCAAAACAUCUUAAGGAUGAAAGCUAUUUAGUUCACAAAUCACCUAACCCAGUGAAUGUGGAGGCCCCACCACAUCCUCUUGAGUCACUGUGCAGUAAACUACGAAAGGCAAGUGGGGAUGAGAACUGUUGUGCUACUGACAAGAGUCCUAUUUCAAAUACAGAUUUAGACAUAGCAGCAACUGAUUUUAGUGCUGUGGAUGGGAAUGUGAUCCACAAAGCUCCAGUUACACCACCUUUUACCAUACGUCAGUGGUCUUCUUCACUAUCUCAACAAUCUUCUUAUGCUUUGGCCAGAACAGGAAGCUUUCUGACACGCUUCAUAACUUGUGGGUUGCGUGGUGCACAUGAUUGUAAAGUUACAAACUGUAAAUUUUGUGGUGCAUUCAAAGCUCAAGCCAAAUCAUUGGGUUAUAUUACUGCUUCAAACCUGGAGGAUUUCUUCUCAAAGCAUGUGGAGGAAGCUGCCGCUAAAGCUGGUGGACAAAGGCAGCGUCCACGCAUACGAACACUUCACUCAAAGGAGACAAUACUGGCUUUUUACAAUGAAGAACCAUUGUGUGAUGAGAUGGUGUUCAAAUCAGCUUCUGGGUAUACAGAGCGAAUUGUAGUUAAGGAGUUCCCUCUUCACCUUUUUGAUUUUCAAUGUAUGGUGUUUGACAAGGUUAAAGGUAAAUAUAUUUAAAAUCAUUAGUUGAUUAACAAGCUAACGAUUCUGCAUGUCAUUUUGUUUAGUUUACAGCAAUUAAACUGGAAUGUUUUGGAUUAUAAUCAUACAGUCACGAAUUUCACUCUACACGUUAAAAAAAUUAGAAACAGAUCAACAAUGAAAGGUAAUAAAAGUGAGUGACUGAAUAAAGAAAGGAAGUGUUGGGGACAAUCACCAUUGGUAGUUUUAAGUUGCAACAAUUACAGGUAGAACAUUUUUUUCUCAGACUAAAAUGUUUACAAAAAAGAAGUGGUUUUUUAAACAUUUAAUAAUAAAAUUUUUGUAAAAGCAUAUUAAAAAUAUGUUGACGAUGUUUCGUCAUUUGGCUGACUGUCUUGUCUAUGAGAUGCUUUUCAUCAAGCAGCACAAUCCUAGUCUCAACACACAGGUUGAUUCCAUUUGCGCAAAACUCUUUGUUUAAAAGAACAUUCCAUCACCUAUUGUCUCUUUAGUAUUCAAACAUUUUUUAUCUUUCACUAUAAUGACGUUAGCCAAACAUCAAAAUGUCGUCAACAUUUUUUUAAUAUACUUUUGCGAAAUGUUUUAUUAUAAUUUUUUAUCGUUAAAUACUAAAAUGUUUGCCAAUUUAAUAUUUUUCUCAUAAAUACCAUUCUUAUUGUGCAGAUCACCUCCCCACUUGUGCCGAGGUAAAGCACCUUCAGAUUCUCUGUGAUGAUGAGGAAAUUGGGAGCACAUCUUAUGUAGACCUCAAAGAUUACCUUAGACAGGGGUAUGAUGUCAGAUGUCAGUUAAGGCCAUGUUAUAGUAUUGUAAGAGGUCCAGUGGUUGUUGAGAUCCAAACUUACAAGAAUCAGGUUCUGACUCUUUUGAACUCUCUUCAGUUGUCAAGAAAUGAACAACAGGUUUGUUCUUCUUUCAAUAUUAUUGCUACAGUGACUUUUGAUAUGCCUGAAAAUUUCCUCUAGAGCUCUUAACAUUUUGUGCAGUUAAAACAGUGGCUUAAUUAUUUAUGGUUAGCUCAGGGAACUUGGGGUGGAGUGGUCAGAGUGCAAGACCUUGCCAUGUCAUUCUGAGAUUGCAUUGUUUUUGUAGGCCAAACACUACUUGCAUAUAGUGCCUCUCUCCACAUAGAAGUAUUUUUGAUGAGUAUUGGUGGACUGUCAUGGAAACCCAUGAAAAUGCGUGAGGGUAGCCAGUGAUGGACUGAUUUUCGAGGGGUUGGGUCCUACUCAAGCUUCUCACUGGCAUAUGGAGGCAUAAGUUAUCUUUUUUUUUGUUAAAGAAAGGGGUGAAACAUGUAUUAGUAUCUGCCUCCCUCAAGCCACUUCCUUGUUGCAGGUGUACACAUUCUACUAUGAUACACACCAAUUAAAGGGGAAUGCAAAGCUGUGUUCAAGCACAUGCUACAAAGGCUGUCACCUGACUUUAAAUGGUUCUUUUCACAGGAUUGUGUUACCUUUGAGAUGAAAACUAGUGAGAAAUCUCUCAAUGCUGAGGAUGUCAGAGAAUGCUGUGAUGAAGACCCCAACCUCAGUGGUCUUAAGGAAAGCUCUGUGGGAAAAUCAAUUGCAGUGAUUCUGACAGAGGCAUCUGUGCACCAAAGAGUGUUAGAAAUAAAGGUUUCAGACCAAAGCAUGGACUGCUGUUUUACUCAGCAGGAUUGA